GGCAGAGCCGCCGAAGGAACUGUCCAAUAGACCCGACCGAGCCGUGAAGGGAGCGACAGAGCCACCGCAGCGCCCAGCCUGCUCCUCCACUUGUCCGGGCUGUUGUUCUCCCAUCAAGAUGUCUGCUAAAGCCACCAUCAGUAAAGAAGUCUUCGCCCCACAAGAUGAAAGAAUGCUGGGUGCUGUUCUAGUGAAGAGGAGGACAAAGAAAAGAAUUCCCUUCUUAGCAACUGGUGGCCAGGGAGAAUACCGCACAUAUAUUUGCAUCUCAGUUACAAACAAGCGCCCGGCCCAGGUUUACAUCACAAAGGUGAAGCAGUUUGAAGGGGCCACAAGUUUUGUGAGAAGAUCUCAGUGGAUGCUCGAGCAGCUGAGGCAAGUUAAUGGCACUGAUGCACACAGGGAGUCUCCAGAAUUUGACCUGCAGUUUGACAAUGGUUUUGAUCAGUGGGUGGCAAGUUCCGGCUCUGAGAAAUUCACCUUCUUUCAGAUCCUUUAUCACACGUGUCAGAGGUACCUGCCUGAACGGAAACCUGAAUUCAUCAACUGUCCGCCCAAACUGUUCUCAGGCAACAGUAUUCUUCACUCUGCAGCCGACAGUGUAACUAGUGCUGUACAGAAAGCUAGCCAAGCCCUGAAUGAGCGCGGGGAGCGACUGGGCCGUGCAGAAGAGUCAACUGCAGAAAUGAUGAAUAGCGCUCAACAGUUUGCCGAUACUGCGCACAAGCUUGCUAUGAAACACAAAUGCUGACACUUGCACGGGACAAAAAGGGGGGACUUCCUGCCAGAAUAUGCCAAAACCUCAGCACAAGAUUAUUACAUCUCUUUUAUUUUGAACGGGAUACUUGCCAAUUGGCCUGUGUUUCCUGCUGCACAUCCCUGAGUCCCUCUGGAGAAGGGCUAAACUGCAGACAAUGCAAUCUUUCCAUCUGAUGAACUGGACUUGGGGGAGAAUCGGUUCUGGACGUGACCCUCAGCCCUCGGAUCUCUGCAGCCCCUCAUCUCGUUGCUGUUGCACAGAUCGGUUUCGGCACAUUUUGCUCUGUAGCCUCUGAGACCCGUGAUGAGUGUUCUGUCAAUCACAGCCAUGGGUUACUUGAAGGUCUGAAGCAGCACUAGAGAUUUUUAAGCAGUGCAACUGUUUUUUUUUAAAGAAUCCUCAUAGUCAACACACUGAAUACAGCUAGUAAAAAAUUCCAAUGAGUGUGAGACUGCAUAGUGCAUUACAUGAAAUGAGACCGCAUACGUUAAUUAAAGAGAUGAGCAUUGCAUGAUUGGUGAUAAUGCACAGUAGGAGAGCACUGGCCGAGGCAAGGUACACAGAGUAUGAAAUGCCAAGAGUGGGUUAGCUGUACCUGAUGCCGUUCCUUGUGCAGGGUUGGAACAUUGGACCGAAUUACAGGGAUUGUUCAAACAUCCGAAAUCCAGGGAAUGCACCAUUGCUUUCAAAAAUAGGAGAUGUGCCAGCGCCUAGCACUUAGUAAUAUUAUGCAUUCCCUUUCUGUGCGCAAGAGUAGACCAUGUAGCUUUUUGGACUUUAGUGACCCAUUUUAUCUUUGUUUUAGGUCGUGCAAUGCCAGCUUUCCGACAAAUGUCGGCACGUGUUCUUUUUUGUUUUGUUUUGUUUUUUUUAAACAUUUCUGCACAUUUUAAUUUGAUCCAUGUUAAUAUCUAAAAGCAAUAAAGGGGUUCAUAUCUGGUGAAGAUACAAAA